UUGCGCUCAAAUACAUUUGAUGUCACCGAACUCGAACGGCUACGACGUGAGGCUGUUCCUUCAUCGGGUGAAAAUGCUGCGGCUGAGGAUGCGGCGCCACAACUUGCUGAGCAAACGGCAAAUGUGGAUGCCGCCGUAAAUACGCCAGUUGUGGUUGAUUCAAACGAUGAUGGAACAGUCGCCCAGGAACUGGAACUAGAGCAAAUGAGGAGUACAUUGGAAGAGGCGAUUGUGGAAACGCGCAGUACGACUCUCGAAAAUCGACCGCGACUUCCCCGCUUAGCCCUACGCAAGCGGAAUCGGGCUGUCGUGAGGGCUCUGAACCCAAUGCUGGUUACCUAUUUGGAAGCCAGCCUGGACCUUUGCGAUACGGACUCAAUUCUUUUUGGCGCCGCACUGGCAGUCUGCCGUAUUAUAGGUGCCAAACUUUCCACGGCUAGACGCGCUACUGGACAAAGUAGUGCUAUCCCAGCCUGGAGAAUAAGAAUUGAAGAACGUAUCGCAAAGGCUAGGGCCCUCAUCGGCAGACUGAUAUGCUUCAGGUCAGGCAAUACCAGGCCAAGCAUUGUGCGCACCGUCAGGAUGGCGUUUGCUGGGACAAAUGUUAGUUUGUCCCAGCCGGAUAUAAUGCAAAAACUGACGGAGCGCAUAGACGACCUGAAGCAAAGAAUAGCUGCUUGGGGAAAGCGGAUUCGGCGAUAUACCGAGAGGUCGACACGGUUCAACCAGAAUCGUCUCUUCCAGAGUGAUCAGAAGAGGCUCUAUAAAACAUUGGAGCGACCAGUAGUAAGUGGAACGGGCCCUGCACCAAAUCAGGCCGACAUGGUCGCAUUCUGGCGCAGCCUGUGGUCAGAGCCCGUAAACCACAACGAGGGCCCUUGGACGGAAGUUGUGGCGAGUCAGUGUGCGAGUAUUACGCCCAUGGACCCCGUCAUCAUAACGCCGGAUGACGUAGCUGAGGCGGUCCGUAGGGCCCCGAACUGGAAAAGUCCGGGGCUUGACGGGCUGCAUCACUACUACGACUGGCUGAAGGGGUUCAUGGUGUGUCACUCUGUGCUCGCCCGACAGUUUCAAGAGGCUCUCAACCAGAAGUCGCUCCCAAGCCUCUUCACUACUGGGAUCACUCAUUUGGUUCCUAAAGAUCAGGGUGCCACAGACCCGAGCAAAUACCGCCCCAUCACUAACCUAAGGAAAGAAAUUUCAAUCACCUGUAGUAGCAGGGAAGAGUGUGUCGGUGAAGAAGUGGAAAAUUAUUAUAAAAAAAGGGAAAAAACAGUCAAAACGAAGACAGGAAAUGAAAUAGAAACCGGCCAGUCUAAAAAACGUGGCAGGCCCAUGGGAUCAAAAAACAAGAAAAAGAAAAAGCAAAGGGAUCCUGCUCCUUCUGAAGAAGUCUUGUCAACAGAAAAUGACAGUGAAAACAAUGAGGUCGUUGAUACUGUUGAGCAUGGUGAAGAAGGUGAUGGAAAUGAACUUAAGUCACAAAACAUUGGAGGACACGCAAAGUUCGUCGUUGAGGCUAUGAUACACAGACCACCUUCUCCAGAAAUAGCUGAAGAUUUAUAUAUGCUUGACAUAGGUGAUAAUCUAUCUGUGCUUCAAGAACAAGAGGUUGAGCCACCGGUCAUAAUAACCCGAGAUUUUACAAUUGGAGAGUCGGAAGAACAAAUAUUAUGGGAAGAUAAGGAUUUGCCAAUUGUAGAAGAAUAUGUUGUGGAACCUAGCGGUGACUUAACAGCCUCUACAUCACAUAAGAGUGGACUAACCCGCAAGGAAAAUAACACCGAAAAGAAUGAUUCUGUUAGAGAUUUGGUGAAAGAUGCUUAUUUUAUAUUUAGUAAUGAGGGGAGCAGGUUCCUAGGACAAAUACGAAAAGUAAAUUUGUCAACCGCGACUGUCAUGGUUUCAGCUUUCCAAAAAUCCUUUUUAGGAGGUUGGAAGUGGCCUUCAAAAGCCGAGAUAUUAAAAGUAAAGGUAUCGGAUAUAGUAAGUAUCGUAAAAGAACAUCAAAUCUCCAAGAAAGGUGGUAUAACAUACAUAGAAGAUGAAAUUUUAUUCAUGGAGUGGGGAGAGUAA